AUGCUGCUCUCAGAAGCCAACAGGCUGUAUCUCCGUCGAUUGAUUCGCUGGCGAACGACAAGAGUGGUGCUGUUCUUCAUACUCAUGAUCAAUUUCCUCGACAUACUCCGAAUCCACAACAAAAUCGUCCAUGGUGACCGAGAACACCUCCUGCGCAGCGGCCGCGGGGCUGCGCGACCACGCGAGAGGAUAUACAUUGCGAGCAUGCACUGGAACAACGCAAAGGUGCUGAAGGAAUAUUGGAACGAUGCGGUGAUUCAACUUACGGAGACGUUUGGCGCCGACAAUGUGUUUGUGAGCGUUUUCGAGAGCGGCAGCUGGGACGAUAGCAAGGAGGCGCUGCGAGAAUUGGACAGCGAGCUCGAAAGGAGAAACGUACCGAGGCGGGUCGAGGUGUCGGAUACGACGCACUACGAUGAGAUAUCCAGGGCGGACAAGGACAGAGGGGAGGGGUGGGUUGACACGGCGAGGGGGAAGAGGGAGCUGAGAAGGAUUCCGUAUCUGGCCAAGCUGAGGAACAAGACGAUACAGGACCUGGUUGAGCUGAGCAAGAAGGGAAUCGCCUUUGACAAGGUGUUGUUUCUAAACGACGUGGUGUUUACGGUCGAGGACGUGUUGACGUUGCUGGAUACCAACCACGGAAACUACGCUGCAGCUUGCUCUCUGGAUUUUUCCAAGCCGCCGUUGUAUUACGAUACUUUUGCUCUGCGCGAUAUUGAGGGAAGGGCGCACAGUAUGCAGACUUGGCCGUACUUUGAGGCUAGGGACUCGAGAAAUGCUCUGGUGAACCAUAUGGACGCAGUUCCCGUCACCAGCUGCUGGAAUGGCAUUGUUGUUAUGCCUGCCGAGCCCUUUGUAUCGUCGACGAAGCUUCGCUUCCGCGCCGUCCCCGACUCCCUCGCCGCUCACCACCUCGAAGGCUCGGAAUGCUGCCUCAUCCACGCCGACAACCCGCUGUCUAAGACCAAAGGCGUGUAUCUCAACCCGCGAGUCAGGGUCGGCUAUAACUACCCUGCCUACGUUGCGACUCACCCCCCGGCCAAGUCUUGGGUGUCUAGCUGGGAUAUUUUCACCGGCCUGUGGGUGAAUCGGAUCAGGAGAUGGACGUUAUGGAGCUUUGACAGGUGGGUGGUGAGCUCGAGGGUGGGGCGGUGGGAGAAGGAGGAGAGUGGGAAUCGGGAGCCUGGGGAGUUUUGCUUGAUUAACGAGAUGCAGGUCUUGGUUGAGAACGGGUGGGCUCAUGUUUGA